AUGAACAGAAGAAGGGAGCUGAAUGCUGAUGAUGUUGCUGUUCGUCACUCCUCUUGGUCUUCCCUCGUGGACUUCCCUGAAGGCAAUAAACCCUUUGGACUGCACCCACGAGUGAGGAUCCUCUUUUCUUUGGCUCCCUCCGUCCUUUGCCGCCUCCUCGCGAGACUGCUGACCCCUGUCGAAGGCGCUGCCCCGACGCCCCGGCGCAUUAGGGUAGUGCCCCCCGCUGCACGCUGCUGUUGUGCUCUCAGCCAGCCGGUGCUGCCUCCUCCCCGCUGCAGGGGGAGUAGAGGACACUCGACACAGCAGUGCGGCAGCUUGGCGCCCAACGUGGGGCCCCCGAAAGAUCACCGGACCCCACGGCAGGAGGCCAGUGGUCGCGGCGAGAGUUUCGUCUCUUCGUCGUUGACCACCUUUCGCUCCGUGGUUGUCAAGCUACCCUGCUCCGUGAGCAGACCCCGUUUUAGGGGUGGCGCUCCGGACGGGGAUCGGAUCGGGAACUUCGCCACCCAGGAGCCGAUCCGGGAGGGAGCUGCGGACUUCGAGGUUUUUCCCCACUUUCCGCUGGUCAGGGGUUGCAUCUGGCUGAGUCAAUUAACAUCAAGGACUCUCAGUGCAGGCUCGCGAUGGUCGCGUUCAAGGCACCAGGUACUUGGUUUCGGGUCGGAAGUAAGUGUGUUGUGGUAGGAGACACAAAGUUUACACCCCCGGAAAUCACAAUCAUUCCGGGAAUGCUGCCUGCGAACACGGAGAAGUUCGCUAUUGGAGUUAUUUGUAUUCACCCUCCCGUGUUCCUGCCCAAGGGCCAAAUCAUCGCCCAAGCAAUCCCUGUUUCCCUCUCUGAGUUUUGGCAGUGUGAGCAGGAGGCUCACACUAACAUCUCGCCCCCCGCCCUAGAGGUGUGCUGGUCACAGGCACUAGGGCGUGGGAAGCCUCGGCUCACCUGCCAGCUCACCAACAAAGGUCAAACUACGAGGGUAAAUGGGAUGUUGGACACAGGGGCAGACGUGACGAUCAUUCCCGCAAGGGAAUGGCCGUCACAGUGGGAAUUGCAAAGCGCUGCUGGACGAGUCCAGGGCAUUGGGGGUGUCCAAUUAGCUAAACAGUCCAAGAGCGUGGUGCAAAUUACGGGGCCGGAUGGGCAAUUGGCUUCUAUUCGCCCAUUUGUUUUAGACUACGCGGAACCCCUGUGGGGGAGAGAUGUUUUAGCCCAGUGGGGAGCCACAAUUGACUUA